UGAAAACGUUUGUCAGCAUGUCGGAAACUGCGCCUGUUGCAGCUCCUGCUGUCUCCGCUCCUGGGGCAAAAACCUCCGCUAAAAAACCGAAGAAGGCAGCAGCUAGUGCUAAAGCCCGCAAGCCUCCAGGUCCCAGCGUGACCGAGCUGAUCACCAAGGCGGUGUCCGCUUCCAAGGAGCGCAAAGGGCUCUCCUUAGCCGCUCUUAAGAAGGCUCUGGCCGCUGGAGGGUACGAUGUGGAGAAAAACAACAGCCGCAUCAAGGUAGGAUUAAAGAGCCUGGUGAGUAAAGGCAUUUUGGUGCAGACAAAAGGUACUGGUGCUUCUGGUUCUUUCAAACUCAACAAGAAGCCUGGUGAGAUUAAGGAGAAGGCGCCGAAGAAAAAACCAGCGGCAAAGCCUAAGAAACCAGCUGCCAAGAAGCCCGCCAGCGCCGCUAAGAAACCCAAAAAGGCUGCGGUGGCGAAAAAGAGCCCGAAAAAAGUCAAGAAACCGGCGGCUUCUGCAGUCAAGAAAGCGGCCAAGAGCCCGAAAAAAGUGAAAGCCGCCAAGCCCAAGAAAGCAGCUAAGAGCCCGGCUAAGGCGGUGAAACCAAAAGCUGCCAAGCCCAAGCCAACAAAGGCCAAAACAGCGAAGGCGAAGAGGGCAGCGCCUAAAAAAUAA